AUGGCCGCCGUUAACGACCCGACUGCUGCCUUCCAGACCGAGGGCGGCGCCGACGCCAAGCCCGUCGACAUUGACCUCACCAAGCUUACCGCUCUUAGCCCCGAGGUCAUCAUGAACCAGGCUACCAUCAACAUUGGUACCAUCGGACACGUCGCGCACGGAAAGUCGUCCACCGUCCGUGCCAUCUCUGGUGUGCAGACCGUUCGUUUCAAAAACGAGCUCGAGCGUAACAUUACCAUCAAGCUCGGUUACGCCAACGCCAAGUGCCAGAACCCCAACUGCCCCCCUCCCUCGUGCUACCGCUCCUACCCGUCGAGCAAGGAGCUCCACCCGAAGUGUGAGAGGCCAGGAUGCGACUCGCGCAUGGACUUGAUCCGACACGUCUCUUUCGUCGACUGCCCGGGACACGACAUUCUCAUGGCUACUAUGCUUACGGGUGCUGCCGUCAUGAACGGAGCCCUCCUCCUCAUCGCCGGUAACGAGUCGUGCCCUCAGCCGCAGACGGGAGAGCACCUUGCCGCUCUCGAGAUUAUCGGUAUCGACCCGCACAACAUUGUCAUUCUCCAGAACAAGAUGGACCUCGUCCGCGAGUCUGAGGCGCAGGAACACUGCGAGCAGAUCCGCCGGUUCGUCGAGGGCACCACUGCCCGCCUCGCCCCGAUCAUCCCCGUUUCCGCGCAGCUGCGCUUCAACAUUGACGCCGUCGUCAUGGCGCUCGCCAAGAUCGAGCCGCCCAAGUACGACUUCACCGCCGAGCCGCGAAUGGUCGUCAUUCGUUCGUUCGACGUCAACAAGCCCGGAGCGUCCGUCGACGAGCUCAAGGGUGGUGUUGCCGGAGGCUCCAUUCUCCAGGGUGUGUUCAAGGUCGGACAGGAGGUCGAGAUCCGCCCCGGUAUCAUCACGCGCGACACGGAGGGCAAGGUGACGUGCCGACCGCUCAUUUCGAAGAUUGUCUCGAUGAACGCGGAGCAGAACCACCUCCAGUUCGCUGUUCCCGGAGGACUGAUUGGUGUCGGAACGCUCGUCGACCCCGCUCUCUGCCGUGCCGACCGUCUGCUCGGUAUGGUUAUGAGCAGUGUCGGAAAGGGCCCCAACAUCUACACCGAUAUCAAGGCCGAGGUCUUCCUCCUCCGUCGUCUGCUUGGUGUCAAGACCGAGGACAACAAGAAGGCCAAGGUCGGAAAACUCGUCGUCGGCGAGAUGCUCUUUGUCAACAUUGGUGCCUCCCAGACCGGUGGCCGCAUCAUGGCCGUCAAGGGCGGAGACGUCACUAUCCAGCUCGUCACCCCCGCUUGUACCGAGAAGGGAGAGAAGAUUGCCCUCUCUCGUCGUAUCGACAAGCACUGGCGUCUUAUUGGAUGGGGCAAGGUCAAGUCUGGAGGUGUCCUCGCCGAGGUCAAGGACCCCCGCGGCGACUAA